GGCGCUAACGACUGCGUUUGGGAAGGGGGUAAGGGCACUGGGAGGUGUCUGGCCUCAGCUCCAGGGGGCCGGGAUUUUGUAGGCAAAGGCACGGGGGCGAGGGAGGAGGUCAAUCUGGGCCGACUGCCGCGCGGAGGGGCCGCCGAGAGGCGCUGUCGGCCGGGGUCCCGCCCCUCGGUGUCCCUGCACCGCCCACCUGCCGGGGUAGCCGGGCAGCCCGGGGUUUCAGGGAUCUGGCCCCGCGGAAUGGGCGGCAAUGGGUGCGCCAGCGACUCCCGCCCGGUACCUACGCGCGCAGCGGAGAGGCCCCAGGAUCACGCGCCGCCAGCGCCUACCGCCCCCUACAAUUCCCGGAGAGCUGGCGCGCGGGGAUGACGUCAGGCGGCGCGCGCCGUGACGUCAGAGGGGCCAUGGCGGCGGCGGCGGCUGCGGCGGAACCCUGGCAGGCAGCGGGCCCGCGCCGGAAAAGGCGCCCUGCGGCUCGGUGUCGGCGAGCGAGGGAGCCAGCGGCGGGGAGCUUGGAGGCCGAGCCGGAGACUGACAGCCGAGUCGUGCUUCGUCGCAUCCGAGAGGCCGAGGAGGACCUGCUUCUCUCUGAUUUCUGGAGCCUGGCACUAGAAACCAUCAACGGCUGUCUCACAGAACAUCUGGAACAACUGAAGACCCCACGGGGGACUCUCUCAAAAGCCCUUGGAAACCUGCAUCUCGACCCGUCGCCAGAGGCGUCGGAUGCGGCCCCCGGCUCCCUCCCAGGAGAGCCCCUGGUCCCGGGAACCUGCCACUUGAAGUGUGUGUGUUACGGCCUUGGGAACUUUGCCACCUGCGUCAUAGCUAGAAACCAGCUCGCGUUUUUGCUUCUCUUCCUGGAAAAGUGCCAGAUCCCCAGAAGGCACUGCUGCGUGUACGACCCUCUGUUUAGCCAGCUAGAAAUCGCAGUUCUGGAUGGCCUCGGUGUGACUGUUCUCAGAGAGAACGAGGAGGGGAGGCGCAGCGUGGGCGGCGAGCCCACCGUGUUCUACAUGCCGCACUGCGGCGCGGCCCUGUACAACAACCUGCUGUGGGGCAACUGGUCCGCAGACGCCCUCUCCAAGCUGCUCGUGGUCGGGAACAGCUUCCGGGGCCUGGAGGAGAGGUUGCUGGCGAGGGUUCUGCAGAAGAAUUACCCAUACAUCGCAAAGGUUCUGCAAGGCCUGGAGGAGCGUGGGCUGCCCCAGACCCCGCGGUACACAGACGUAUUCAACGACACCUCUGUCCACUGGUUCCCGGCACGGAAGCUCCAACAGCUCCCCGCGGACACGUGGGCGUUCCGGGAAGAACCGGACUAUCGGGACUGUGAGGACUUGGAAAUCAUCAGGAGCAGGACUAGAGGUCCCCCCGCUGCCGGCCUGCCCGCGCCGUGACACGCUCUGUGCCGGCCGAGGCUGCCGCCCCGGAGGGGGUGCAGAGCCCCUUCUGUGCAGUGGGCAGGCUGCGGGGCACGGGGAGAGUUCCAGCCGGUCCUCCCCGAGACGAGGACGUGCGGUGGAAGGCUCGGUGACAGAUGCGCCUCCCGAGCGUGGUCUCCACGUCCUUCCCGGCAACCUGACCCCCGGAACACCCCCGGAAGCAGUCACUCCUCUUUCAGGGCAGCUCUCAAACACUUGUUUACUCACAGCCAUGUCCGUGUGGGUGUCCAGCCCCCGCCCUCUACUUGGCCAUGUCGAUCAGGCUCUGCAGGGAGGUGGGCACCCAGGUCUUCUCGCCCUGGACGAACACCACCCCCCGGUCGAUGUAGAUGACGAUGCGGCCAAAGGUGUAGAGCUGCUUCCCUUCGUGCCGCUUCCCGAUGACCGGCAUGAACACGAUGUUGUGCUCCUCUGCCUUGGUCUCAAUGAGGUCCUUAAAGUUCAUGGGCACCGAGCUGGCGGCCACGCCGAUGCCCCUCUGGGCCAUGUUCUCUGCCUCCCGCCGCUCCUGCAUGGCCUCGUACUGGAAGUCCUUCCUCCGCUCCGUGUGGGUGAGGUAGGCGAUGUUCUCCCGCGCCCCAGGCUGCAUGUAGGCACCUGGGGGACACAGAGGGGAGGGGAGUGAGGACAGUGUGCCAGCCCACAUGGAAAUGGAGACUGACUUGCUGGUGACUCCAUGAAGGGCAGCGGGGCCUCAAGGAAGCUCAGGAAGCUGUCCGGCACCACAGAGACACCGGAUGACGUGUAAUAACCGGGGAGAUGAGGGCAUAACCCAGCGCGAGGGACGUGUCCUGCAGGGCUGGGCCCCUGACAACACAUGGCCUACCCCAGUUCUGUCCUUACUGUCCCCUACAGGCCCUGCCCUGGAAGGACUUGGGAGUGCAACCAGGAACUGAAACAGACGCUGAAGGACAGCACAGGGCCACAAAUGCCCAGUGCUGACUGGCGUGGGUGGGAACAGCUCAGGGAGCUGGCCUGGGGCCGGGUGGCUGAGGAAGAGUUUCUACAGAGUGUGAAAAGGGGACUGGCCCACUGAUGGACCUGGGUAAAUAAAGAGCACAGAAAUACAUCCACCUCCUAGAAUAUAUGCCCUAUGAACUCGACUUUCAUGGAAUACAGACUCAGUUCAAGGAUUAAAGGCUCAGGAAACAGAAACUAUGGUCCCAGCCGCCACUCUAGCUGGGCAGCCUCAACAAGCUCUGGGCUUUGAAGAGCUUAUCUGGGAGGCAGGGCUGGCCUGGGCCCUCCAGCGGCCUUCGCGUGGAGACCCGAGCACACCGUGACACAGGGCUGACGCCGCUGGUCGGGAGCUGGGGCCGGGUAGGGAGUGGACAGGCACCUGCCUGCUGCUGGGACAACAGACGCGGGCUGCGCAGUGCAGUGCGCACACUGUAGCUCACCCAGCCCCUAGCUUUCUAAUAAAACCCACAAGUGUGCAGUA